UUAUCCCGCGUCUCUCUCUCUCCACUAUUUCAAAAAGACAAAAAGCUAGAAAAAAAUUGCCCUUUCAGAUUUGAGAACCUUCUGUGGUCCCCCAUCUCUCUUGGAGGAAAACUUCGCCGGAAAAGUUGCCAUAUUCACCGGAAAAUCUCUCUCGCCGGACUCUCUCACUUUUCGCCGGAAAAGUGGUCCCCAUCUCUCUUGGAGGAAAAUUUUGCCGGAAAAGUUGUCAUAUUCACCGGAAAAUCUCUCUCGCCGGACAGCAGUCACUUUUCGCCGGAAAAGUUGUCCAUUUUCGCAGGCCUGUGUCUUCAAUUAAUCAGCAGGCUUGCCGUUAGGGGGGAAAGGGAGGCCACAUUCUGUUCUCUUAAAUGGACGAUUCAACCAACGAAGGACCUGAAUUUGAGUUGGAUGAUGAGGAUAAUGAGUCACAAUACAAGAUGAUAGAUGUUUCAAAUGAUGACGAUUCAACCGACGAAGAUGGACCUGAAUUUGAGUUGGAUGAUAAGGAGGAUAAUGAGCCACAAUACAAGAUGAUAGAUGAGAAUGAUAAAGUUGAAGAACCUAAAGAAUCAAUGAUGUUUGAUUCGUUGGAAGAAGUGGAAGACUAUUAUAGGAAGUAUGGUCGGCAAGUUGGUUUUGGUGUGGUAAAAAGAACUGGAAAAAAGGGGAAAGAUGGAAGUCCCAAGUACAUAACCCUUACAUGUAUUCGCCAAGGCAAACCAAAAAAAGGCAAAGGUGAUUGUACAAAGGCAGUUCCAAAAAUAAUUAGAACGCAAUGUAAAGCCAGGAUUUGUGCGACCUUGUGUGCUGAUGGAAAGUGGUUUUUGAGUUAUGUUGUGGUGGCGCAUAAUCAUUGUUUAAGCCCAGAAAAAUCAAGGUUUUUUAGAUGUUAUAAGAAUAUAGAUGCUGCGGUGAAAAGAAGGCUUGAGCUAAAUGAUCGGGCCGGAAUACGUUUGAAUAAGAAUUUUAAUUCCUUAGUUGUUGAAAAAGGGGGGUAUGAGCAACUUACUUUUGGAGAGAAAGAUUGUAGGAAUUAUAUUGAAAAGGCAAGAGAGCUUCGUCUUGGCAAAGGAGCUGCUCAAGCACUUCGUGAUUAUUUCAGUAGAAUGCAAAAGCAAAAUGAUGGGUUCUAUUAUGUGAUGGAUGUGGAUGAUGAUAGUAGGUUGCGAAAUGUAUUUUGGGCACAUGCACGAAGUAGGGCAGCAUAUGAAUUCUUUGGGGACGUUAUUACGUUUGACACGACCUAUUUGACCAAUAGAUAUGACAUGCCAUUUGCUCCUUUCGUAGGUGUGAAUCAUCAUGGUCAGUCAAUACUUUUGGGGGCAGGGUUAAUAUCAAAUGAGAAUAUUGAAACAUUUGUUUGGUUGUUUAGUUCUUGGUUAGAGUGCAUGAAUGACAAAGCUCCAAGUGCAAUUAUAACAGAUCAAGAUAGGGCAAUGAAAAAUGCAAUUGCUAUAGUUUUUGCUGAGAGAACUAGACAUAAAUAUUGUUCGUGGCACAUUACGAGAAAACUACCAGAAAAGUUUGCAGCACAUGCUCAAUUCAAUGGCAUUAAGAGUGCAUUUAAUGUUUGUUUGUAUGAUUCUCAAAGUUGUGAUGAAUUCGAAGAAAAUUGGAAAAGUCUACUUGAGACUUAUAAACUUCAGGAAAAUGCAUGGCUUAAUGGGUUAUAUAAUGAGAGGACUUUUUGGGUGCCGGCAUAUAUGAAAGAUACAUUUUGGGCCGGAAUGAAUACUACGCAACGGAGUGAAAGUAUGAAUGCUUUUUUUGAUGGUUAUGUGCACUCACGAACUACAUUGAAGGAAUUCGUUGAUCAAUUUGAUAAUGGUUUGAAGAGAAUGGUUGAGAAAGAGAAAAAAGCUGAUUUCGAUUCGUUUAAUCGCAUGAUUCCAUGUUUUUCUCCCUAUCCUUUAGAGGCGAAAUUUCAAGAUGUGUACAUCAAUGCAAAGUUCAAAGAAAUUCAGGGGGAGUUUAUGAAAGUUGUGGGUUGUAAUAACUCUUGUCUUACAUAUGAAGGUGCAAUUUCUACCUUUCAAGUGAUUGAAGUUGGUGUCAUUAAUAGAAAUAUGAAAGACGUAUCACAUUGCGUUUACUACAAUGAAGAAAAUGAAGAGGAGGUAGAAGUGAAGUGCACUUGUGCAUUGUUUGAAACAAGAGGUAUUUUGUGUAGGCAUGCCAUUUCUGUGCUAUUGUCAAAAAAAGUUGAAACAUUGGCACCAAGAUUUUUUCUUCCGAGAUGGAGGAAGGAUCUAAGGCGAAAAUACACAUUGUUUAAGAGUAGUUACGACAAUUUUGGUGGUAACUCUGAUGAUGAAAGAUAUAACAACUUGUCCAAGAAUUUAGAUGAAUUGGCAUCACUUGGAUAAAAAAGCAAGCACAUUUUCACUACGGCAAUGAAAGGAAUUGAUGUUUUAAAAGAGGAAUGCCGUAAAUUAAGUCUCAUUUCAAUUGCAUCUUCUAGCUGCAAUGAGGUCGUUCAAAGUAAUGAAGAUUCGACGUUGCAAAGUAAUAUUUUGCUUAGUCCUGUUAAGGUUGCACGUAAAGGGAGACCACGGUUUAGCAGAAUGGUGCCAGCAGUUGAACAAGCGGUGAAGAAGAAGUCACAAGUAACAAAUGAGCCAACAAGUGAUAACAAUGCCAAAACAAGUAGACGCAAAAAACAGAUCUCAAAAAAAGCAAAGCAAGAUCAAGUAAACAGAAGUCAAACUCCACUGCCUUCAGUAAUUGAUGAUCAACACGGUCAUUUAGUUCGUACUCAGGUUGAGGUGGCCGUUGAUGUAACAAGGGAGUUAUUAAAAUUGGUACAUGAGCACAAUUUUGAACAAGCUUUCCACAUAGCCCUUUCAAAAUGUGAUUUGUCCAUUGUGUCUUGGCUAUGUUCACAGGUUGAUCUACAAUGGAUAUUGUCUGUAGUUCCUCUUCCUCUAAGCCAAGGAGUACUGCUUUACCUUCUGUGGCAAUUAGCUUGUGAUAUCAACAACAAUCCAUCCCAAAAACUUGCUUGGAUGACAGUUGUGACCAAUGCAAUAAUUCCAACCGAUUCAACGAUUGCAUUGCAUGUGCAACCCAUCUUAUUUCAAGUCUAUAACAUUCUCAGCCAUCAAAGCACGUUGCCCUUACAAGCUGGUGUUGAGCUUUCAAAUAUUCAUUUUUUGAUUAAUGUCAUCAAUUCCAUGAUCAUGACCUCUAAAUAGUUCCAAAGUUAUUAUAUUUGUAUUCCUAUUAUGGUCAGGUUAUGUAAUUUUGUGAAAUAUGCUUACUAUCAUGGUCAUGUAAUUUUUUUGAUUGUAACAUAUUUAAGUUAUUCUCUAGAUGAUUAACUUUUUGUAGAGUUAAAUUCUCGUGGGGGCAUUGAAAACGUAAUAUGAAAGUGUUGAUGGCUAAGUAGUGGAGUUCUUUUGUAAUUAGUUUGAUUUGAACCAUUACACAGGUGAAACGGUUGUCUGAGAGUUUCAAUGCCAUCUUGUAUGUGAUACAUAUUUUGGAGUUGGGCAUGUAUAUUUUGUUUGAAAUUUUAUUGUAUAUUUUGAUGGCUAAG